UAAGCUUAGGGGCUAGGCAAGACUCCAAAGCCCCACCUCCAGCCCUCCCUGAGCCUGCUCACCCUGCCUGAACACCCUGUGGGCCAGAAUCUCUUGUUAGCAGCAGUAGAGGUGUGGACACCACGCAUGAAAUGUCUUUCCUCCAGGACCCAAGUUUCUUCACCAUGGGUAUGUGGUCCAUUGGUGCUGGAGCCCUGGGGGCCGCUGCUCUGGCACUACUCCUGGCCAACACAGACAUAUUUCUAUCCAAGCCCCGGAAAGCAGAGCUGGAAUAUUUGGAAGACAUAGACCUGAAAACACUGGAGAAAGAACCAAGGACAUUCAAAGCAAAGGAGCUAUGGGCGAAGAAUGGGGCUGUGAUUAUGGCUGUGCGAAGGCCAGGCUGUUUCCUCUGUCGAGCCGAGGCAGCAGAACUGUCCUCCCUGAAGCCCAAGUUGGAUGAACUAGGUGUCCCUCUCUAUGCUGUGGUGAAGGAGCAGAUUAAGGCAGAAGUGAAGAACUUUCAGCCUUACUUCAAAGGGGAAAUCUUCCUGGAUGAAAAGAAAAAAUUCUACGGUCCAGAGAGGAGGAAGAUGAUGCUCAUGGGCCUCAUCCGUUUGGGUGUGUGGUACAACUCCUUCCGGGCCUGGAAGGCAGGCUUCUCUGGAAACCUGGAAGGUGAAGGCUUCAUCCUCGGAGGGGUUUUUGUGAUAGGAUCUGGAAAACAGGGCAUUCUUCUUGAGCACCGAGAAAAAGAAUUUGGAGACAAAGUGAACCCACUCUCUGUUCUGGAAGCUGUAAAGAAGAUCAAGCCACAGACUCCAGCCUCAGGGAAAUACUGAUCAUGUAUAACAGCUGGCUGAGGGAGAACGGGGCCUUCAUGUGUGUUCACCAGAUGAGCUGUGCUUCCAUCAUGGCCACAAGAGCUAGGAGCCAUUGUACCAUAUUCACUGGGGAUUGGUGAUAGAUUAACAUUGUCUUCUCUGUAGAUCCAGUAGAACAAAUAGGUCCCAGAUGAAACUGACUAAAAUCUAGUAAAUCAGUGAGAGUUAUUUCAGGAAAGAUCUAGAAAAUCCAAGACUUAAAGUUGACUGCUAUAUCUCCUUUCAAAAGAAUAUAGCCUGGGUUCUGGUAUUUGAGGUAAAUUUCAUUUUCAUAUACAAGAAAAAAAUCGAAAACCUAAGAAAAUCAGAGCUAAGAAACUACUCAGUGGUAGAACAUUUAUCUGACAUGCACACAGCCCUGGGUUGGAUACAUAGACCACACACACACACACACACACACACACACACACACACACCGCGCGCGCGCGCACACACACGCACACACGCACACACACGCACACACGCACACACACACUCAUGCAUCUAUGAAAAGUUGAUGAUUAACUUGACAAUUAGAGAAUAUAAGGCUUUUUAUUUGGUGUGUUUUUGUUAACAACUUGUUAUGUAAUGUCACAGGACCACACACAGCAAUUGCUCUGUUUGGGGAUAGUUUGAUAAAGGUGAAUUACAAAGUGAAGUUUCUUGUGGUCUUCCAUUCUGAACUCAGAGAUGUGUUUCAUUGGAAAAAGCUGUCACCUCUGUCUCUAAUAAAAGUAUGCAUCAGAAAUCA